AUGGUGGAGAAGUUAGUGCACAGGGACCCAGCUGAAUCCACACAGACAGACAGGGACCCAGCUGAAUCCACACAGACAGACAGGGACCCAGCUGAAUCCACACAGACAGACAGGGUCCCAGCUGAAUCCACACAGACAGACAGGGACCCAGCUGAAUCCACACAGACAGACAGGGUCCCAGCUGAAUCCACACAGACAGACAGGGACCCAGCUGAAUCCACACAGACAGACAGGGACACAGCUGAAUCCACACAGACAGACAGGGAUCCAGCUGAAUCCACACAGACAGGGACCCAGCUGAAUCCACACAGACAGACAGGGACCCAGCUGAAUCCACACAGACAGACAGGGACCCAGCUGAAUCCACACAGACAGACAGGGUCCCAGCUGAAUCCACACAGACAGACAGGGACCCAGCUGAAUCCACACAGACAGACAGGGUCCCAGCUGAAUCCACACAGACAGACAGGGACCCAGCUGAAUCCACACAGACAGACAGGGACCCAGCUGAAUCCACACAGACAGACAGGGACCCAGCUGAAUCCACACAGAUAG